AUGUUGCUAAAGCGAGCGUAUGAAGGCUGGGUAGCCUACGAGUACUAUCCCUCCAUGGCGGCAGGAGUGAUAUUCGUCAUCCUCUUCGGCAUCGUUACUCUGCUACACACCUUCCAUCUCUUUCGAACAAGAACAUGGUUUUUUAUUCCUCUGGUCAUAGGAGGCUACUCAUCCCAAUCGCCAAACUGGACUCUUGGUCCGUAUAUCAUGCAGAGCACAUUGUUGCUGGUAGCGCCGGCGCUGUUUGCUGCCAGUAUAUACAUGGAACUGGGUCGAAUCAUCCUUCUCGUCAAAGGGGAGAAGUUUGCAAUCAUUCGAGUAACCUGGAUGACCAAGAUAUUUGUUGCCGGAGACGUUCUCAGCUUCUUGAUGCAAGCGUCAGGGGCGGGGAUCUUGGUCACGGACAACCAGAGCACCGGCGAAAAUGUCAUCGUUGGUGGUCUCUUUGUGCAGAUCAUCUUUUUUGGUUUCUUUGUGAUAAGCGCUUUCAUUUUCCAGCGUCGGAUCGCUGCCCAUCCAACCCCAGAGUCUGUCGCCGAGUACAUUCCAUGGAAGAAACAUAUGGGCGCGCUAUAUGCAUCAAGUAUUCUGAUCUUGGUUCGAUCCGUGUUCCGAGUUGCCGAAUAUCUUCAAGGCUGGGAUGGUUCAUUGCUGCAGAGCGAAGUGUUCAUAUAUGUACUUGAUGGACUUCUGAUGUGGUUCGUGAUGACUAUCUUUCUGGUCGUCCACCCCAGCGAGAUCAAUUGUUUGUUGGGCCGCGGGAAAUUAAUGACAGCCAAAGGGGGUCUCCAGGUCUGUGAGGCUGCUCUUCCUGUUUAG